AGAGAAAAACAGGCUCACAGAGGAGACAGAUAGCGCUUUGAACUCCUGAUUGUUGUCAUUUCUUCCUUUCUUUUUCUACGCUAGCUGUCAACGAAAGAUCGGUCCCAGCAUGUCGACUUCCUUCGUCGAAGUCGAGAAGCUACACCCAACGCCUUUCGAGGUGGAAUACUUUGACCAGUAUGAUUUCUACAGCCUGACCGACAGAUACAGCAGUGGCACCUCCCGCAAAGGUCGUUCCAAGAAGGAGGCGGAGGAUCAUACAAACCGCCCGAGUCCUGGGGGCCAUGAACGUAAGAUAGUAUUGAAGCUGCAACGCACGGAGCAAAAACGGAAAGGGACAGCAGCCAAGAAAUGAAAAACGCAGUUCUGAGUCUGGUCACAAUACUCAGGUUCUGGACACAAUGGCAACGUCGAUACGGAGAUAGAUGAACGCCACGCAACGGUGGUUUCUUUUGAGGAGGAACAAGGUCUACUGUUCACAGCAAGAGAAUGAUGCUGAAGACUGUCAAGAUGACCGCAGCCCAGCCCCAAAACCAACAAGGAUGAGAGUGAGGAAGAGACGCCGCAGCAGCCAUCCCUCAUACCUCAUAAAGGCCAACGGAAGGACACAUAUUUAAGAUCAGAAUAGAAAAUAAAACCUUCCAAGCCUUUGGGUUUGGGGUUUUAAAAUUGUAUUGCAAACUGCCCUGAGGUAAAUUUACAAAGGGUUAUAUGCAGUUGAUAUACAAAUGUAUCAAAUAAACAAUAUAGAUUUUAGUA